AAAUGCCCAUAAGGAAAUGGGAAAAAGCGACUGUUAAUUAAUGGCGGAUAAGGAGAGAGAGGGAGGCGGCAUCAGUUACAGAAGGAGUUGAGAAGUCGACAUGCUCUGAAACCACCUGCGUCCUUUUCCUCUUUUUACAUCGCACUUAUUAUUACUGCGCCGCGGUUAAAGCACCAGUAGAGGAAACCAGAAGCAGACAAAGCCCUCCGACCACCAUCCUCACGCAGAGUGAGUAGAGACAGAAAGGGGGGAGAGGGAUGGAGAGGUUGCCGUCCCUCCAAGUGGAGUGAAGAAGAAGAGAAGGAGAUGGUGCCGAUGGAGAAAGCGAGUGAUUUGCCGUCUCUUAUUUAGCAUAGAAAGAGGAGGAGGAGGAGUCCUAUUGAGUCGUCGCUCGGAUUUCCCAGCCGUCGCCUCUUUGGUGGCUCCCUGCUAUUGUUGCUUCUGUGCAUAUAAAGAACUGGGAAGAGGAGAUGUCGGCGGCGGAGGAAGAGUUGAAGGUGGUAACUCGGCAAGGGAUAAAUGUUGGUGAGGAGAAGGAUGAGGGAGUCGACGCCGACAAGCUUAGCUAUGAGAUUUUUUCUAUUCUCGAGAGCAAAUUUCUCUUCGGCUACGACGACCACAAGCUCUGGGUCCCAAAGGCGCCGCCUUCGCAGGGCUACGGCACCGGCGAUCCGGCGGCGCCCGAUGUCAGGAGCCAGAGGGGCAAGGUCUGCUUGCUCUGCAUCGAUGGCGGCGGCGGCGGCGGCAUGAGGGGGAUCCUCCCCGGAAAAGCCCUCGCUUAUCUCGAGCAGGCGCUCAGGUCCAAGUCUGGCGACCCGGACGCGAGAAUCUCCGAUUACUUUGACAUUGCAGCAGGAACCGGCGUCGGGGGCGUCUUUGCCGCCAUGCUCUUCUCCACCUGCGAUGGCCGCCGUCCGCUCUUCUGCGCGGACGAUACUUGGCGCUUCCUCUCCGAGCAUGGAAACAGGCUCUUGGGCAAGGCGCCGCCCUCGUCCCCAUCUUCCUCCUCCUCGUCUUCUCCUGGUUUUCUCUGCGGCGUCUUCCGCGGCGGGGGUUGUGGCGGUGGGGCGUCCUCUGCGACGCUUUCCAUGGAAAGGGUGAUGAAGGAGGCUUUCGGGGAGAAAUUGACGCUCCGCGACACUAUAAAGCCGGUGCUGAUCCCGUGCUACGACUUGCAGACCUCGGCACCUCUCGUCUUCUCGCGCGCCGACGCAUUGGAGAGCCAGAGCUACGACUUCCGGCUGUGGGAGGUGUGCCGAGCCACAUGGGCCAUCCCGGGACACUUCGAGCCAGCGGAGAUGCAGUCAGUAGACCGCACCACCACCUGCACCGGCGUCGACGGCGGCCUGGCGAUGAGCAACCCAGCUGCCGCGGCCAUCACCCACGUCCUCCACAACAAGCAAGAGUUCCCCUUCGUCCGCGGCGUGGAGGACCUCCUGGUCCUCUCCCUGGGCUGCGGCGCCGGCGGAGCCAUCCCUGCAGUCCCCGGAGAGGAGCAGCGCAGAGCACGGCGUUGGAGUAGCAGGGAGUGGGCGCGUCCCGUCGCCCGGAUCGCCGCCGACGGCGCGGCCGACCUCAUCGACCAAGCGGUGGCGCUGGCCUUCGGCCAGUGCCGGAACUCCAACUACGUCCGCAUUCAGGCAAAUCCAUCGACGAUGGGGAAAUGCAGAGCGGAUGUGGAUUCCGAACCAAGUCCUGCAAAUGUGAAGGCCCUGCUUGUCGCGGCCGAAGAAAUGCUGAAGCAGAGGAAUGUGGAGUCGUUGCUCUUUACCGGGAGGAGAAUCGGAGAGCAAACGAACAUGGAGAAGCUGGAUUGGCUUGCGGGGGAGCUUGUGCUAGAGCACCAGAGACGGAGCUCAAGGAUCGCUCCCACGGUCGCAUUCAAACAAGCUUCUUCCAAAUCGAACUAGAACUUCGCGCGGCAAAAAUAAAAAGUAAUCAUCUUUUCUUUCAUUCCUCUUGUUUGCUGGAUCUUGCUGGUUUUUUCAUAGCAGAUUAGCAUUGAUCUCGAUAGGAUUUGAAGAGAAUCAAGGAAAUGUCGAAUGAUUCAUGGCUAUGCUUGCAAUUGAUAUGUUUCAGAUUGUUCCAGGAGCA